AUGCAUACAACCGUCGCAUCGGUUGCCUUCAUCUGGUUUGGUCUUCUGACCUCCUUCCACUUUGCCACCUGUCAAGAUGUUUGUCCCCGCAAUUGCGUCUGCUUCAGUCAGUCAGUCGUGUGCCGUCGAGCCACAAUGGCAACAAUUCCAAGGCUACCAGCAUUUUUGGGUGAUUCUCAGGGCGGUGCUUUGCAGUACUUUGCUAUGACAAACACCAAGCUUUCACGUGUGUUAAAUGAAUCGUUUGUAGGACUACUUGACAUCAUGAAUAUUGACCUGUCUGACAAUGAAAUUGAGGUCAUUGAAGAAGGUGCUUUUCAGAAUCUCCCAUUAUUGGCACACUUACUUCUAAGACAGAAUCGAUUGGAACAAUUGCCUGACAAUAUCUUUGACACCUUGCCUAGUUUAGAAGAGCUUGAUCUCUCAUUUAAUCACCUUACCAACAUUCCACCAUCUUUGCAACGAUUAGUUGCGCUGAAGAGUCUCAGUUUGCGGGGUAACCCUCUCCACUGUGGCUGUGGAAUAGUAGAUUUCGCCCAACUACUUCCUUAUUGGGAGAGCUCACUGGAUCGAGCAACGUGCCAAACUCCACUCGAAGUGGCUGGAAGGUCAAUCAGGGAGUUGGGACGCCGAUACCUUCAAGCAUUUGAAGGAACUCGCCAUUUAGGCUACUGGCCAGAUGAGUACGUCUUCCCCGAAGAAGUCAACCGGAAGAGGUUAAUUCGAACAUCCACACCAUGGCCACUGCCGCACUGUCUGGUUAAAGAUCUCGGUGGAGUUGUCGAUGCUGUAGAAACCUCAGUGGAAGCAUAUGAAUCACCACAAAUUGUGGAUCCUCCAAUACCUGUCAUGGCUGCUGAAGGUGAAAGAGUCUUCUUCUCAUGUCAGGCUAUCGGUGAACCCAAGCCAAAGAUUAGUUGGAUGUUGCCAACAAACGACACUCAGUACGUUCGUCUAUGGGACAAACGAAGAAUUUUAGAGUUACGAGAGGUCCAUGCCUUCCACGCAGGUACGUACACUUGCAUCGCAGAGAAUGAGGCAGGGCAAGUCAGUCAUUCGGUGGUGCUUCAAAUUGUGGAUAUUGUUAAGCCACAAAUCACAGAUGCGCCCUCCACGCAGGCGACAAGCGGUGUGCUUGGAGGUGAUAUCGAGCUUACGUGUACGGCACGUGGACGUCCAAGACCCACCGUUGACUGGCUCUAUACACACACGUCUUCUGCUAAACGUCUAUCCACUCAGGAUCGUUAUACUGUGCGCAGCUCCACCAAACUUUCGACUCAUACCAUUCAAGACCUAAUUUAUCGCGAUCCGUCUGCACAAACCGAUGAAAGUCUCCGAUUUGAAGGAGAAGAGGAAUCUGUCACUUUGACCAUCCGUAAUGUCACACAACUUGACACAGAAGGUCGCUACACCUGCUACGCUGCAAAUCGUGCUGGCUCAACACGUGUCACCUCUCUGGUCACCUUGGUGAAGAUGCCAAGCAUGGGCGGUGACAAUGGUGGUGAGGGCAAGGAUGAAACUGGGCACAAGAGCGAGGAAAGUGACGACUUAGAAGUCUCACCUAAGGAAUCAGAUGAGGAUCUUGUGAAAUGGGUGAUUGAAAAGGCUAGACGAAGAAUUGAUGCAGCAAUUCAGAAAACUGCCGACAAUCUUCGUGAUCCAAAAAAUCGCAGAACGGCUUCAGAUAUUGCCUCUCUCUUUCGACAGCCUAACAAGGCGGCAAUAGAAUUGGCCAGGGCUGCUGAAGUCUAUGAAGCUGCGAUUGAUGAAGUGACACAAAUUUUACAACAACAAAGGAAUCAGUCUUUCGGAAAGGACACUGAAGGUCCGUAUCGCAGUGAUGUAGACUUUGAUGCUCAAAAGCGACAGGCAAUGGGAGUGCAGUUGACAGCCGAACAGCUUGCAAUUAUUGCUCAACUCUCGGGUUGUGCACAAUCCCAACGCGUAGAACCGUGUGAUCGUCAACUCUGCUUCCAUAUGCGAUACAGAUCCAUUGAUGGCAGUUGCAACAAUCUCAAGUAUCCCAAAUGGGGUGCAGCUCUUUCCCCUUUCUAUCGCCUAUUGCCUCCAGUCUACGAGAAUGGAGUAAAUCAACCUGUUGGAUGGAAUCCUGAGAAACUCUACUUUGGCUAUCCCAAGCCCUCAGCUAGACUCGUGUCUUACCGUCUACUGGCUGAUGCCACCAAGCUGCAGGCCCAUACACGGAAACUAGAAACAUUCAACCAACGCAUAAAGAUGUCACUGAGGUUUGACAACCGGAGUCAUGACACGUCGAGUCCAUUUGACUUUCCUCUGUACGAGAAGGAGACGUUGUUUGAUGAGGACGACACAUCCUCGGGCAUGCUCAUGCAAUGGGGCCAAUUCUUGGAUCACGAUCUCGACUUUACCCCUGUGGACGCCUCGACUAGUCGCUUUAGCGACGGUCUUGGGUGUAAUGAGACUUGCAUCAACGAUCCCCCUUGCUUCCCAAUCAUUACACCGCCGGGAGAUCCGCGUAUCCGUCAACGAUGCAUGGGGUUUGCGCGCAGUUCUGCUACCUGUGGUUCCGGUUCCACCUCCAUCUUAUUGGGACGACCGCAGCACCGAGAGCAGCUUAAUCAGAUCAGUGCCUACCUCGACGCUUCCAAUGUUUAUGGAAGUGAGGAAUUCGAGAAUUCUCAACUUCGUGACACACUUUACGAUGAGGGUCACCUAAGAGGGGGCAUACCUACUCCUGCAGGGAAGCAACUCCUCCCCUUCAAUAUCCGUGGUCAGGUGGAUUGUCAAGCAGACCCACAACAAGAUUUUGUUCCAUGCUUCAAAGCUGGUGAUCAUCGGAGUAAUGAAAAUCUCGGGUUGUUAUCUAUGCACACUAUUUGGAUGCGAGAGCACAAUCGCAUUGCUGACGAAUUGCGCUCGCUUAACCCUCAUUGGUCGGGUGACAGACUAUAUUACGAAGCAAGAAAGAUAGUUGGAGCCUUAAUGCAAUCCAUUACCUAUCGUGUCUGGCUCCCAAAAGUCUUGGGUCCACGUGGAAUGGAGAUGAUGGGAGGUGAAACCUACCCUGGUUAUGACAGCUCUGUCAAUCCAACAAUCAGUAAUGAAUUUGCCACCGCAGCCUUCCGCUUUGGCCACACUAUGGUGCCUCCUAUUUCUUUUCGUCUAAAUGAGAAUUGGGAGACCAUUCCAGAAGGUCACUUGCUACUACACAAAGCGUUCUUUGCUCCUGACAAAUUGCUAACUGAUGGUGGAAUGGAUCCGGUGCUUCGUGGUCUACUAUUCCACGGUGUUCGCGACAUCAUUCGAAGACCUUCACUAAAUCCUGAAUUAACUGAACGUCUCUUCGCUAUGGCACACCAAUUGGCUCUUGAUUUGGCUUCCUUGAAUAUUCAACGUGGACGUGAUCAUGGCCUUCAGCACUACACUAGUUAUGCCUACACGAUUUGUAAUCUUGGAAGCUCUGCAGCGCCUGAUUCAUUCGACGAUCUUGCUGACAGAAUUCGGGAUCCAGCAACUAGGGAAAAGUUGCGUGCUGUUUACGGUCAUCCUGGAAACAUUGAUCUUUUCGUUGGUGGUGUCUUGGAAGACGUCUUACCUGGUGCAAGAAUGGGUCCUACAUUUGCCUGUAUUAUAGCUGAUCAGUUCAAACGACUUCGGGCCGGAGAUCGGCUUUGGUAUGAAUCCCCAGGUCUUUUCACCACUGCACAACUCGCGGAAAUUCGUGACGCGGGUAGUUAUUUAUCCCGAGUUAUAUGUGAAAAUGGUGACAAUAUCACCGAAGUACCUCUAGAUGCCUUUUUAAGACCGAAGAGCCGAAAAGACUUGGUUCCUUGCUCUCAAGUACCCAAGCUUAAUCUUGUCCUCUGGAAGGAAUGUCCAUCCCCUAGUGGUACUCCAUUCGGUUCAUACAGCGAUAUUGGCGUCUACUUUGACCAACCCUUGAACAGGCGUCGUAGAAGUGUACCACCUGAGGCCUCCUGUGAAGCUCAGUCACCAAACGCAUUGAGUUUCAUGGAUGAAGUAGAGAAGGAGUUAGAGGCUCGAAUGAAAUUGCGGGAGCAUCAAGUGAAACGCGAUAGACGCUAA